CGCCCAUUCUAGUCUUCCUCCCUCUCCCCCCUUCUCCCCCUCCUCCUUUCCAUCUCCCUCGUCCCCAUUCCCAAAAUACUCUACGCUACUUCACUUGGAAUCUUUCGCAAAAAUUAUGUCUCCCCCUUUUCCCCUCCCCUCCCUCCCCUCCCACUGGCUCCUCGUUCCCCCUACUUUACUUUACCUUACCUACGUACGUACCCAAAUAGCUUCCCUUUCCCCUUUUCUUUUGUUCUAUCGCUUGUACAUUUACACUUACAGUUACCGCCCCCGCCCCUCCCAAUCUCCACCCCCCACUUCACUUUAUCCCGGUUUCGUCUUCAACACUCCUUUCUUUGUUUGUUCGUUCGUUGCUUUGUCCUCUAGCCCUCCUUCGUUUUACCUUUGGUAACAAGUAACAAGUAAUUCCUAUCUUUUUGUACAAUUGUAGAAGAUCCAACCCCCUUGCCUUGCCUUCAGCGCCUAUU